AUGGCGUCGAAGAAUAGAAGCUACAGAGAGGACCAUGCCGAUGAAUACUACCAUGGAGGCGAGAAGGCCAAAGGAAAAUUUUACAACCGAGGAGGUGGAGGAUGGGAUGGGCACGACAAGGAAAGGGAUGAAACGUGGGAGCAUCACGAUAGGAGCAGAAAUGCCCACCAGGAUAAUUUUUCCAUAAAGGAGUACGACAACAGGUACAAGGAUAGGGGCUACGGUGAGAGGUACGAGUCGAGGCAUGGCGACAGGGGGGACAGAGCGAAUCGACCGUACGACAAAUACGAUGAAGACCGGCACGAGUAUGACCCCAAGAGGGGGAAGAGAAAGCACGAAGAGAGGAGGAACGGCCGAGGGAGCCCAGAAAGAGGAUAUGGGGGGAGAGGCGACUCGGAGCAUUAUGAGAAGUACAACAGUAACAAAGCAGCAGGGGGUGCGGAUGACGGGGAGAGGGAAAACAGGAAGAGCUGGGCUAACCAUCACAGCUACGGCAAAGAUGGCAACAGAGGUGGUUUCAGGGAUGGUCACAGAGGUGGUUUCAGAGAUGGUAACAGAGAUGGCAACAGAGAUGACCACAGAGAUGACCACAGAGAUGGUCACAGAAGAAGCGAACACAAAUCAUUUUCCAGAUAUAAGGAGAGCGAAAGAAGGAGGUCGUACAAUGACAGCAGCGUGGAGGAUAGCCAAAGUGAGUAUACGUCCGGGUCGGAUGAUGGGAAUGAUAAAUAUCGUUCGUAUGGUCAGAAGAAAUACAGAGUGGGGGAAAACUCGGAUGAGCAAGGGGAAUUCACAAGGGGGGGUUACUCCCGAGGGGGGUACCCCUAUGGAGGUCACACACACAGUGGCUACCCCCGUGAAGGACUCACAACGAGAAAAAUUAACAAUGUAAACGAUGUGCUGGAAAUGAAGAGCAACAUAGAGUUAUCCAGAUUUAUUUUUAUUUAUAAAUUGGGAGAAAACAUAACAGAAGAAGAAAUAGAUGACAUGAUGAGGAACACAGCCAUCAGUAAUGCAUUCUCUCUACCUCUCAACAUAUACAUAAAUAGAUUAUCCUUCUUUUCUGUGAAGGACGAACUAUUCGUAAGGGAAGGACUGGAGUUUAUAAAAAAUAAUUCCUACUUUAACAAUAUCCAGUUGAGUAUACUAAACACACAAAUGAAUAAUCAAAUUAACGAUGACAGAUGUUGCAUCGUUGAGUUUCCAUCCAAUGAAGCAUCUGCAAAAUUGUUUUCUUUGUAUGAGAAGAAUAAAUGUUGCAUCGAAAUUGGAAAGAACAUCUCGUAUAUAUUUCCCCUAUUCAAGCUGAAGAAAAAACUGAAUAAAAUAGUGGAAGAUAAACAAGCGCUAAAAAAAUUCUAUGAUUGGUAUUGCUCUUAUUGUAACUUUCUCAAUUUCUCUCGUAGAACUGCUUGUUUUUUUUGCAAAGAAACGAAAACUAAUGAUGCGAAAAUGGUGGAGAGUGAGACGAAGAUACCUCCUAAUGUGUUUAUAAAGAAUGGUACCAUGAUGGGUGCUGCUGCUGCUGCUGCUGCUGCUGCACAGGAGGGGGGGCCCUUCGGGGCGAAGAGUGUAUUUAGCGGCAUUCCCAACGUGGAGCAAGCGGCGUUUGGCCUUCCUGGUAGUAAUGCCCCCCUUGGGGGGAACGGUGUGUCUAAUUUGGAGGCUGACUUCAGUCAACAAGAAGUCAACCCCGCAGUUGCAGCUGUCGGAUCAGUUGCAUCAGUUGCAGCAACGGCAGGAGCUGCGGGCGGGGGGGUGUACCCGUUGAACGCCCCUCCCCUGCAGCAAAUGGGAGAAAACUCGAUGGAAAAUUUUGAAAUGUCCAUUAAGGAAAUCCUGGCAGAUGUCGAAAAAACGAACAUGCUAAUAUUGAAAGACAUAGAUGGAAGCAUCCCAAAUAAAGACCUUUUAAAGUUCAUCAACGAAGUGUUCGAAAAUAGACACGUGAAUUAUCUCUACCUGUUUAAUGACAUAAGGAGCUCAAGUAAAAGGAAAGGGUUUUGCUUCGUGGAAUUUGAGAGGGCAAGUUACGCAGAGCAAAUGAUGAACGAACUGGAAGGGAACUUCUACCUCAACUAUAAAAAUAAUUUUUUUAAAUUGGAUUAUGUGUACGAGAAGGGAAAGGAAUACUUUUUCCAUUCUAUCAACUUAGCAAAAUUGAACAUUAACAAAUCCGCAGCUACUGUUCUUAUGAAGAGUUACAUUCCUCAUUUUAACUUUUUUGUUAGCUACAUGGAGACCGUUGUGAAUAUGAUGAGCAUAAAGAACUACACGUUUUUUCUUGUUUGGUCCUCUCAAGUGAUCAUACUUAAGAAGGAGAAGCCGGCACUUAGUGAAUUUUUUUUUGAUUACAACACUCAGUAUUAUUACCAUCCUGUUUUUCAAAUUUAUUUUGACAACAACACGAAUUUUUAUAUGUCCCUUUCGAAGGGGUACUACAUAUGGAAUGAGAAGAUUAAGUGCCUCGUGAGGAUGUACAUGGGGAAUGAGCAACAGGUAAGUGCCGAUCAUGGUGGAGGUGAUGAGAAGGCUGUGGGGAUAUACACAUCAGCUACGUUGGUCACUUCAGACCAUGAGGAGCAGCAUCAGGAGGGACGAAAGGAGGACACUCCCAAGGGACACCCCCUCCAGGCAGUGGACAGCGGUGAACUCAACGCGAAAGAGAAUAACCCCAUCUCUGGGGGAAACGGCGUGGAGACCUCCAAAAAUACAGCUCUAGAUAAAAUAUCCAGCUUAGUGGAAAGAGCUAAGAUGAUAGCCCUGGCCUCCAAAAAAAACAUUGAGCAAAUGAACAUGAACGAAGCGAGCUCAACCAAUGUGGAAAAAAAAAGCAAAGAAAUAAUUAAGAAGCAUUUUGCUACCGACUCGGCCGAUGAAGAUAACGAUGACCUUUCUGACAAGGAAGAAGAGUUGCACAAAAAAGGACACCCCAACAGUAAUGCAUAUAAUAAGGGUAGCCAACUGAAUAAGGGGCCCACUAGAAUCACCAACACAACCAUGGAAGGUGGAAGUAGUUACCAUAAAUCGUCUUACAAGACGAAGAAUUCCUUGAUUGAGAGUCUCGCCAAAGUACAGAAUAGGGGGCAGUGGGCUGGCACUACGAAGGAACAAAAUAAUAAUGCGAGCAGUUUGAGUGAACCCAAUAGAGUACCCAAUUCCGAAGCAGCCAAAGAAGGGACAAACGAGCACUCCUCCAACAGUGGCAACGAUUUGAACAUCUGUUUUAUUUGCCUGCGGAAGUUUGCAAAUGCGCAUCUUUUGCAGAAGCAUGUUGACAUGUCCUCCCUGCAUAAGAGGAACAUCCAGCUUGUGAUGGACGUUGUGAGUGCUGGUUAG